CCCGAGCGUCACUUCGCGUACGUUGUUUACCAUGAUGGCCGCUGGUCCUUCCCGCGAAGUGUGCCGUCACUAACACCGCCUUUUGCAAGCGCACUGAGUCUCGUUGGGCUCUGAAACCCUCCGAGGAUCCGAAAGGAGGAAGACGAGAGAGGAUCAGGGCGAAGAGUGACCCGAGGCGAGGUUUAUCAGGCGAGAUAAGAGGACAUCGAAGGUCUUGGCGCGUGAGGACAUCCAUAACUAUUACGUUGAUUUUCUUUUUUUUUGAAAAUUUUCUCGAUAUUCCAACCAAAACAAUGCCCAAAUCCGACGUUUUCAAGGCCGGUGACCCGAUUUUCGCCAAGGUCAAAGGUUACCCGCACUGGCCAGCGAGGGUUGAACCCUAUGAAGAAGAUCCUUCUGGCAAACCAUUAAAAAAGUAUCCAGUCCUGUUUUAUGGGACUUAUGAGACGGCUUUGCUGAAACCAGAUGACCUAUUCCCUUACUCGACCCACGUAGAGAAGUUCGGGAAACCACAGAAGAGGAAGGGUUUCAAUGAAGGCCUGUGGCAGAUAGUUAAUAAUCCAAGUCUAGACCCAAGCAUACCUAUACCACCAGACGUGUCCUCAGCCUCCCUCCCUGGUACCCCGAAAACUCCUGCAGCCAAGCCCGGCAGAAAAUCCCUGAGCUCGACACCAGCAGUGACGACGGAUGUCAAAUCUGAAGAGUCUGAUGAGGAUGUAGGAGAUUUAGUUAUCGAUGAAUCUGCAGGGAAAGGUGCAAAACCUGGAAGAAAAAGAAAAAGGCAGGAUUCCGACAUAGCCUCAGAGACACCAGCCAAGAAAGCUGCAUCUUCUGAUGUUAAGAAAACACCCAAAGAAACUCCUAAGCAAACUCCAAAAGAAAAUAUUAAACAGUCAAAACUUAUAGCUAAAGAAACUCCAAAAGAAACUCCAAAGCAGCAAUCUGGAGAAUCAUUGGAACCCCAAGUUAGUCGAAGUGGGAGGCUAAUAAAGCCUAAAAAGUUCUUAGAUGAAGGUGAAGAUGCUUCCCGCCCACCAUCAGCUGCAGCAGGCACACCUUCCACUCCUGUUCCAGUUACAGAAGCUGCAAGUACCCCAUCAAUUACCAAAACUAGCAAUGCAGUCAAAAGUACUCCCAGUGCACCUGUCACCACACCAAGAAAAAGACUCUCCCUCUCUGGGUCAGAGGAAGCUGCGCCAGCAGAGUCACCUGCAGUGCCAGAAGAAAUGCCCACCCCAACAGGCCCACCACCAAAGAAGAGAGGGCGUCCUCCAAAGAAUAGAGACAUAGACAACUCGCCCAAGAAAGCGCCAGCUGCAGCACCUCCAUCCGAGUCUCCUGCCCAAGAAACUACCUCAAAGAUGUCAUCGCCGCCCACUAAGGCUCUGGCUGAUGUCAAACAAGAGAAGAAGUCUCCUAUAAAAGAGUCACGUAGUUCAAAGAAAUCUCAGUUGAAGCAAAAUGAAAUAGAACUUCCCAAAGAGAGUGAUCUAGCAAGUAAGCAGACAUUCCUUAAACUGAAAACGGACUUAGAAUCUGGUACUCUAAAUGCAGAUGAAUUAAAAGAGUUAACAAAGGCCAAUGAGAAAGAAGAAACACACACAGCCAUUAUAGAAGAAAAUAGAAAAUAUACAGAAACCUGCAAAGCCAAAACUCUAGAUAUGGAAGCUCAAUUAUUGGAGCUUGAUCAAAAGAUAAGAGAGGCACUAUCUGUUACAAACCCUCGAAAAGAAGAUGCCAAAAAUUAUCUUGAGCGCAUGUCUAAAUUGGUAAUAUCUGGGUUGAUGCUGAAGAAGAAUCCUCAUGUUGUUGAUGCCAUAAAAAAGUGUCGGAGAUACAAAUAUGACGAUGAGGUCCGGCUCAAAGCAGAUCUAGUUUACAGCAGGUUUAAGCUGUUGUUUGUGGUGCCAGAGAGUCAAGAAUGGGACUCCAUGUUUGCCGAAAAGGUGGCAGAAUUUGAUGAUGCCUGCCACAGAUCUGGCAUCACAGAGGAAAGUAAAAUCUCUUUGGUCCGAGAUCCAACCCAUCACAUCGACGGUCCUCAGGAAGAGGCCAGCAAAAGGGGAAAAGAAAACACGAGUCCAUUAACAAAAAAGACUCGAACCUUGACUAGAUCAGUAAGUGUGAGUUUUAGACAUAAGGCAAUUUAA